AUGCAGAAGUUCUAUCCCGGUAGAACAGUUUCUGGAUUGGCUUUUGAACAAGUAUUAAGAAGAAGAUUCAGUUUAAUUGAUGAUGACUAUUAUAGUUGGCUGAAUAAACUCAAGUUAAGAAAGAAGGUGGAGAUGUUUUGGUGGAGACUUGGGAAUUCAUCUAUUCCUACCAACCUAUAUCUUAAGAACCGUAAGCUCCUGGAUAAUGAUUCUUGUGCUAGAGGUUGUGUACUGGUGGAGAACUAUGAACAUAUCAUUGUUCAAUGCAAGUAUUUCAUUGAAAUCAUCAAUCAGCUUGUUGGUUGGGGUAUUUCUAUUCCAAUUUUUCAUUCCUUGGAUCAUUGUCUCAAGGAACUUAAGAAAAUUUCAGCAAAUAAUCUGGGUACUGUACAAAUCUAUUGUACCAUUUUUUUCUUCUCUUGGAAAAAUAGGAAUGAGAUUAAGCAUGGAAAAACUACACUUCCUUCUUAUGUUGUUGCUUCUAAUGUAUUAUCAGUGACCAUUAACAAGACUAGUCCGUCUCUUUCUAACUGGAGCACUAACCUCCUUAGGCAGUCUCAUGUUUCUUGGUGCCCCCCACCGAAAGAAGGGAUGAAAAUCAAUAUUGAUGCUUCCUUAACUACUUCGGGCUUAGCUGGAAUUGGUGGUGUGUUCCGGGACUGCAACGGUAGGUUCAUACUUGCAUUUUGGGAGAAGAUGAUGCAUUGGGAUAUAGCACAGUUGGAGAUGGGAGCAAUUCUCUCGGUCAAGGACUAUGUCAAAAGCUGGAUGAGGGACUAUAAAGGUGUGAUUGUGGAAAGUGAUAACAUUAAUGUUAUCAACUACAUUCAAAACUCCUUGGAGCAGAACAAAGGGAUUAUGAAAUUCAAUUUGGUACGAGAUUCUUUAUUUGUGAAUGAUUUCAAUAAAGUUGUCUUUCUACAUGCUUAUAGGAAAUGUAAUAAGGUAGCCAACUUGUGUGCUACUAUGGCUUUAGAGAAUAGUUUUUAUUUUGAUAGCUUUUCUUUUGAUGAUAUCCCUCCCUUGAUGGCUAGUUUGAUCAAGGAAGAGUAUCAUCCUUUUGAUGUUUAUAAUUAG